AUUUUUUAAUGUUGUAAGCGAGCGGAAGUAACCUCAAAACAGCGACGACUCGGGUGACGGGUGUGAAAUGCGUCAAAAUUUAGGCAGGAUUUAAUGAAUUCCAAUCAUAAUUCAGAAAAGAAAACAACAGACACAAAGUCGAAUCAUGAAAACUAUCGAAGUAAAGAUGAUCUCACAAAGAAACAGAAGGUAGCAGCAAUCAAAAAGACCUUAAAGUCAGACCCUGUAGAUGUAGAUCGCCUGCGUCAGCUAGCCAUCAGUCGUGGAGGACUGAUAAAUGACGAGCUACGAAGACAGUGUUGGCCUAAGCUGCUAAAUGUCAACAUAUAUGGCAUAUCAAAGAAACCAGAAAAUCUCAAGGAGCACAGAGACUAUAAUCAAGUGGUUCUUGAUGUUGCCCGUUCCUUGAAAAGAUUCCCUCCAGGCAUGAGAGACGAGCAAAGACUGGUGCUGCAGGACCAAUUGAUUGAUGUAAUUAUGAGAGUUCUAGUCAAAAACCCAGAACUACAUUACUACCAGGGUUACCAUGACAUCUGUGUCACAUUCCUCCUUAUUGUCAGUGAAGACAUUGCAUUUGCUUUGGUUGAUCAGUUGUCCACAAACCACCUCAGAGAUUUCAUGGAAAAAACAAUGGAGAAAACUACUAAAAUAUUAAGUUAUUUGUAUCCAAUCCUUGGAAAGGCCAACCCUGAACUCAGAGAAUUCAUGGAGUUGGCAGAAACGGGCACAAUAUUUUGUUUAAGCUGGUUGAUCACAUGGUUUGGUCAUGUGCUCAGUGAUUUCCGCCAUGUUGUCCGGUUAUAUGACUUUUUCUUAGCGUGCCAUCCCAUGAUGCCUAUAUAUGUGGCAGCUGCUAUCGUACUAUAUCGUCAAGAGGAGGUGCUACAAUGUGAAUGCGACAUGGCCAUGAUACACAGUUUAUUAUCAAAAAUACCUGAUGGACUUCCCUAUGAACAGCUUAUUAGUAAGGCUGGCGACCUUUACCUUCAGUAUCCCCCUGAAAAACUGGAACAGGAGGCUAACUUGCAGCUUAAGAAAAGUCAAUCAAUAACUAAUUACAAGAAAUUGAAACUUUCAUCUCGUAGCCAAGAGCCAGAUUCAGUGCUGAAAGCAAGGCGGAGACAGAAGUUGAAAGAGCAACAAGAACGCCGCCUGGUGGUGAUGAAUCGACAGGAGCAUGGCAGUCGAUUGGUGAAAGUAACAGUUUGGGCCCUAACGGCUGCCGUUGGAGUUGCAGCCUAUGCGGUCAUGUACGCAGCUACUGACUUAAAUCAUUGGUGGUACGGGCACUGAUGCAAGUUAACUUAAUUGAUUUAUUAGUUAAUUUUAUUUAUUUUGUAUAAGGCCACUUAUAAGGAUGUCAUACAAACAGGAUGGAAUUUAAUCUUUUGCAAAGGGCAUUGUGCAUUAUUUCAAUCACGAAAACAAGUUACAUGAAAGAAAUAAAAAAUGGAAUUAUAUCUUUCCAAGACUGCUUUCCUGUUGUUUCAAUUGGAUUAAAGUUUCAAAAAGAGAUGAUAUUUACAUGUCCUUUUUGCUGGCUUUUCAUAUAACUGGCUUAGAUUUUAUGUGGUGGUAGAGAUGAGAAAUUAAAACGUUGGGGAAUUCGAGGCUCUGGUUUAGAACUACUCAUGCAUUGCAUUUAAAGAAUGAAAAUAAGAAAGAUAGUCUAAUUAGUUAAGAAGAACAACUUAGACCUGUUAUCCUUCCAUACAAAAUAUUACUAUGAAUACUCAAUUAGAUGUUGUAUAAUUAUGGAAAACAUACUGGAUGAGAACUUCAAUUGUUUACCUUCAUGUGUUUUGUGACUUGUGUCUUUGAAAUUCUUGUGAUUUUAGAUAUAACUUACAAUACAUUUCAAUAGAUAGUAAUUGAUUGAAGUCUACUUUGUGUAAAAUUUGUAUUGAUUUAAUUAACAGCUAAGCAAAAGUUGACAACAGUACGUGAUAUGUGUAGUAUUUUACCUGUGAAUUAUUUUAACUGCCUUAUGAUUCUGGCAAUCAUCUGCAUAUUCAGUUCUAAAUUAAUGUUUUCUAGUUGUUUUGUGAGUGAAUGCAUGUUAUUUUUUCCUUUUUUUAAU